AUGGGCAUCGUCAGUCAUCAGGAGAGCAGCUCCAUUCAGCGGCGCACGGAGUCUCAUGCCGUCUGUGUAGCAUGUCAAAGCAGGAAUCGUAAGCUCUCCGCUCAAUAUGUUCUCAGCGCGAUACCCCUCCACGAACCGCUUCAUGUAGACUCUUCGCCCACCUCUGUUGCAGUGGCAGAUGGCGCCGUACGCAGCAGAAAUAGCACUGCACUCAUCACCGUAGUGACCAACCACAAGAUCAUCGAUCAAAUACCGGCGUUGGUUGUAGAGCGAGCGUCUGAAGGACUCCCUGUCCCUCACCCACACACGGCUGCUCAGCGCCUCCCACAGCACCUCACCGUCGAUCCAACCAGCAACCAUCAUUUCACCAUCGUUGUCGUCCUCCAGAAAGUGCUCGGGGCUAUCGUACACCGUGUUCUCAUCGCUCUCAAGGUAGCCCCGCAUCACAGUCUGGAAGCGUUGGAUCGCCUCGUAUCGCGUGUCCUUCGCAAGUGGGUUCGUACCUGUCGUGAUCAGUUGACCGGGUAUAAAGGGAACACCGCCAUCCACAGCUUCGCGCCACGUCCCAAGCAAAUUCUCCUGCAGCACUCCGGGGCAAAGUAG